AUGACGAUGAUCCGGAUGGUCCUGAUCACCACCAGCUUCUCUCUCUAUGUUCUUCUGUCCAGCUGUGAGGAUCCCAUCAGUCCUCGCUCCAUACAGACCGCAAUCAAGUCUCAGCAGGAGAAACAUCUGAUUGAGGCGCUGCAGGCUGUUCUAGAAAAAUUAAAGAAUAAAGAUUCACCGAACACCACCAAGAAGUUCGGUCAGCUCCCGUCGUGUGAUGCAGGGGAGCAGUGUGCAGCGCGUAAAGGAGCUCGAGUCGGUAAACUGUGCGGCUGUCCGAGCGGAACCAGCUGUGAUCUAUUCAUCAUGAAGUGCCUUUGAUUAACGACGAGACCCAUCAAACAUCAACAUGUUCACAUCUGCACUGGGGCGUAUGGGAGGAGGGGUGUGGCUUACUGGGAAUCUGUACUGGGAGGGACUGGUUUAGGAGACUCACGGCUGAUGCGGCUCACCUCUGUGUUUACUGACCCCGCGUGUCACUGAUGAUGAGUAUUUAUAGAUGAAUUUAUUAAAACUUGUUAAACUCACGCUGGAGCUGGUGGAGGCGCCGCACAGAGACGGUGAAUAACGGAGAGCAGUGCCUGACUCCCUGUGUGAAGCUGCAUCGUGCAGGUGAAAAGAACUAUACUAUACGUGUCGGAGGGGGCGUGUGUUAGGUAUGGAGUCUGCAGCAGUAGAGAAGAUACAGCUGGGGAAUUGGAUAUGACUAAAUUGGAAGAAAGACAGAUUGACUUGCUGUGUUUAGCAUCAUAUGAUUUGGUGCUUAUGGAGGAGAACAUGAUUCUGCGUCUGUAGAUCAUUUUGUACCUUUAAAGUUGAUUAAACAAGGUACAGGAGCACCACAUCAGCACCCUGUCACCCUGAACCACACCCACUAAACCACACCCACUGAACCACACCCACCUGCUACAGGUUCCCUCACAAUAAAGAUAACGAUGCUGAAAUAAA